AUGUCCACCGUCAACCCAUCCUUCCAGGAGGCCAUCAAGGUCACUCCGCAGGGCCACAACAAAUACAGCGCCUUCCUCCAACCAGAAUGGUGCAUUGGAACCGUCCCGCACGGCGGCUACACAACAGCCGUAGUCUACCAACUAACUCUAACGCACUUCGCGCACGCCCACCCAAAGCAAUACAAAAGCGCCGCGUCCCCGAUCUCAAUGCAACUCGUCUUCAUCCGGCGCACAGCGUCAGGACCCGUAACCUUCGAAGUCGAAGAUGUGAAGAUUGGCGCCCGCACAAGCACAAUCCACAUCAAGCUACUACAGGCCUCUGAAAAGAAACCCGGCCAGCUGGACACCAUGCUCGCUGGCUAUAUCACCAUCAGUCCGCCGGAGGCAGAGGUCGGUAUUAGUGCAAGCACAGGGUGGAAGCCUCACCCUGCUCCGGCAGCUGGUUCACGUGCGGACGGGUCCGUUGAUCUAGAAGCGCUGGGCCGGACGGGCACUGAUGGCGCUUGGACGAAGCUCGCCGUGCCUUUCCCGAAAUUCCGAAAGGCUUCGGGGCAGAUCGAGCUGUUCGGUCCUGGUACUGGUAACAUACAGUAUAUGCGUUCUGGGAAAAUGGCUAUCGAUCAGUUGGCCAGGUUCCGGCCUGAGGGUGAUGUGAAUGGCCGCUGGACGGAUACUGCGGUGGCAUAUCUUAUUGAUAUGUUUCCCAUGGCGUUGGAUGGGUUUGAUUCUGUGUCUGCUACUGCUGCAGCGAAGGAGAGUGGGGUUCCGGUUGCUGAACAGAACUCGAAGUUUUGGUAUCCCACCGUUACGCUCAAUGUGGAUAUGAAGAAGCACCUUCCUGCUGAGGGGGUGGAGUGGCUUUAUAGUCGGGUUGUUACUAAGGUUGUUAGGAAUGGACGGACGGAUUUGGAGGUUACGGUUCUUGAUGAGGCUGGGGACGUUAUUGCAGUGAGUACGCAGGUUGGAUUGGUUCUUAGUGCCAGUCGCAAUAUUGGUACUAGGCAGAUGGAGAAGUUGUAG